ACCAAGAGAGACUGAAACGUCGACAUGUCCUAUGGUGAUGUUCACACAUUAAGCGAUACUGCCUCAAAGACGAGAUGGAAACAAUAACGUUGAUGAGAAAUACCAGGAACCCCAGAUGUGGUUAUUCAUAGUGUAGCAGUAAAAAAAGAAGACGGGUUCUUUCAGCAUUGUGACCAAAGUCAUCUACAGAUUUGGAGACGAGAUGCAAACUGGAUACUUUCUUUUCUUAUUAAUCUUUCCCAAUUUUUUUGAGGCAUGCUGCGUGGGAAACCAUCAAAACAAAUGGAAAGUUCCCCAACAGAAUACUACACAUCAUCUCUACAGAGCAGUGGAGGGGGAAAUCUUUAUGAUGCCUUGCAUUAGACAUGCAGAUCUGGUGUGGUCCAGGAUUGGACAAGGCAGAGAGGGAAAUAAAGGCCCAUCCAUUCCCUGUGGGAGGGAGUUCCUAGCAGAAGAUAAACAUUCUGGAAAUUACUCCUGCCUCACAGGUGGCAGCAAACGGUUCUUCCAUCUGCAGGUGUUGAAGAACAACAGCCUUGGAUGCUUCAAUCCGGAGGAGAAUAGUGUUUUGCUGCUUGUUGGAGCAGGUUCGAAGAUCCACUGCCCAGGUGUCAACUGUAGUGACGACACAGAUGCUGUUUGGUUCAAGGGUAACAAAAGAGUGUCUGAACAGCGGAGAGCCUCUUGUCAGAAAAAUGGGGUGUUACAUCUCUGCCAAGUCAAAGUACAAGAUAAAGGUGUAUAUUUCUGUGACAGACAGAUAAUUGAGCAAGGAGUCAAAUGGACCUUCAGGAGGGCUGUUACAGCCACAGCCGUACCUCAUGACAAACCAACAGACCCACCCAGGAUCAUGUAUCCUGACCGCAGCAUGACAGAGGAAGCAGAGCUCGGUCAGUCUCACACGCUGACAUGUAAGGUAUAUUUUCCUUUUGAGCUAAAGUUUUCACCAGAGGUUCGGUGGUACAUGCAUGACGGUGGGAACAUGGAGCGCGUGACUUUACUACACAUGGAGGAGCAACAACAGGAGAGGGUGAAUAUUGAAGAAUACAAAGUGACACAAAGAUCCAUUAUAAAAGAAGUGACUCCACAGCACUUGAACAACACAUACACCUGCAUCGCCACUAAUUCUGUCGGAAACAGCAGCAUCACUAUCAUGCUGAAGAAGAAAAUUAAAGUUCAAUGGCCGUCACUGGUUGGAUAUCCCAUUGCAUCACUGCUGCUUGUAGGUGGGCUGGGAAUCAUUUUGCAUGUGAAAUGGCUGGAGCUACAGCUUAUCUACAGAUCCCACUUACAAUGUGGAAAACAUGACGGAGAGGAGAAAGAGUUUGAUGUGUUUCUGUCGUUCGUGUGGAGUGAUUCAUCAACAGAGACUGAGGGAGUUUUGACCCUUUCCUCCCAAUCAGGGACGGACACUGACGAGGAAGUAUGUUUAUCCAGCUUUGACCUAUUGAACUCCGAGGGAAAAGUCACCCACAAACCACUAGAAGUGCUGUUACCCCAGGUGUUAGAGGAGCAGUGGGGGUAUCGACUCUGUCUUCUGGAGAGAGAUGUUCUGCCUGGAGGAGCAUACACAAAUGAUGUGGUCUUUGCAAUACAGAGAAGCAGAAUGCUCAUCUGUCUUGUGUCAGCUGACUACCUCUCCAACAGUAAUGCUGUGUUUGUACUGGAAUCAGGAGUCCAGGCUUUGCUUCAAAAUUCAAGCCCUAAACUUCUGCUAAUAUGGGCCAAUGGAGGGUCAGCAGCCCUCUUACAGCCGGACCCCCCGCUGCCUGUCCUGGUCCAAAGGGCCUUGAAGGUGCUCCCCAGUCUGGACUGGACCUCAGGCAAACCUGCCAGAGCUUCCAACAACUUCUGGAAGUCUUUGAGGAAGGCCAUGCCUGAUCACAGAGAGUGAAGAAACUCUGGACUGAUGACCAAUAACUAAUCAUUUUUAUAUAACAUGUAACAUAAUGUUUACUUUACAGGGCAGCUUUUGGACUGAAGCUGUUAUGUAGCAAGUGUGAGGCUUGAAGGAAAAUUCUAUGAUGAUCGUUGAUAGUAAUCAUGUUUCAUCAAUAAAUGUAUGGAAAAAGUGAGUCACCCUGGACCAUGCGUAUGGUCUAGCAGUGGGGAAUGUACUCUGAGCUUAACUUUCCAUCUACAAUGAGAGGACAGAGAUACUGAGUUUAAGACAUGGAGGAUUUGGACAUUUACAAACAAGGCAUUUAACAUGAUCAAUUCUAUUGAUGAUUAAAAUGUAAGAAUGAUCCCUUGUAUUGCUGAUUAGAUGUUAACUGCAUACUACAUGUUGAUGUAAGAGCUGUUCAGUAAUGAAAAGUGUAAAUUGGUGUAAAUUUGACAUUAAAAAAAAUAAAGUAAUUUAUUUGUGGCUCAA